UAGAGGUUAUACAAUAAUCUAAUCAUUAGAUUAUUACUACGCAGUAGAAAUUAUUUCUACUUGAGAAGGUACGUUACCUAAAUGCAUCGCAAAAUUAAUAUUGUUAAAACGGUUUUCGGUGCUGCGUAUUCGUCUACGUCUACAGAGGCUUCCGUUACACCGAAUACAUCAUCUAGGGUACAGCAAUUCAAGGAAUUAUUACAUAAAAGUAAAAAUAAUGGUAUGCUUACGGAUUCUUUUGGACGGUACCAUACUUAUCUACGGAUUUCUGUUACAGAACGAUGCAACCUUCGAUGUUUGUACUGCAUGCCGGCGGAAGGAGUUACAUUGACAAAGAACGAUGGUAUCUUAAGAACAGAGGAAAUUAUUAAAAUAGCGGAUUUAUUUGUAAAGGAAGGUGUACGUAAAAUACGUUUAACGGGUGGCGAACCUACCGUUCGGAAGGACAUCGUCGAUAUUAUCGCCGGUUUAAAAGAAUUGCCUGGUUUGAAGCAAAUUGCAAUUACUACUAAUGGUUUAACGUUAACGCGCCAAUUGCCGUCUCUUCAACGGGCAGGACUAGACGCUAUAAAUAUUUCGUUAGAUACAUUAAAAGAAUAUCGUUUCGAGCAAUUUACUCGUAGGAAAGGUUGGUCUAGAGUCGUAGGUGCAAUAGAUUUGGCUAUUCAACUGGGUUAUAAUCCUGUAAAGGUGAAUUGCGUGGUGCUGAAAGGUUUCAAUGACGAUGAGAUAAUUAAUUUUGUUAAUUUAACGAAAGAUCGCCCGAUUGACGUACGUUUCAUCGAAUACAUGCCUUUUCAAGGGAACGAUUGGAACGAAAAUAAAAUGGUAUCGUUCGACUCAAUGAAAAGGACAAUCAGGGACGUAUAUCCUGAUUUAUGUCGUCUUCCAACCGAGUACAACGAAACGUCUAAAGCAUAUCGUGUUCCUGGAUUUAGAGGACAAGUCGGGUUUAUUACGUCGAUGAGCCAACAUUUUUGUGACACGUGCAAUCGAUUGAGGAUAACAGCGGACGGAAACUUAAAGGUCUGCUUGUUCGAAGGAAAAGGGGAGGUUUCACUCCGAGACGCUUUGCGCAAUGGAGCAUCUGAUGAGAGUUUGAAAGAAAUGAUCGGCAUGGCGGUGCGACGUAAAAAGAAGCAACACGCCGUUGAAAAGAAUCGCGUACAUGUCGGAAGUUGUAAGAAUGCGUGGCAGAAGGACGGUCCACGUGAAUAUAUAACGCGAACGCCGUUUUGCUUGAACAGAUUUGGGAACGUAAGAAUGUUUUCCUCAUUGUCGCAUGUGGAUAAACACGGCAAAGCGAGUAUGGUGAACGUCGGUUCGAAAGUUGAGAGUAACCGCGUCGCGAUAGCAAGAGGAAUCGUGCAAGUUGAUUCGACUGUAAGCAAAUUAAUAUCGGAGAAUAAUGGAAAGAAGGGGGACGUAUUGUCUGUAGCGCAGUUGGCCGGUAUUAUGGGAGCUAAACGCACUUCUGAUUUAAUACCACUGUGUCAUCCGCUUUCGUUAUCUUACGUAAACGUGCGUUUACGUUUAAACGUAGAAUUGAGUCGAGUAGAGAUCACAGCCGAAGUUAGAUGUACUGGAAAGACUGGCGUAGAAAUGGAAGCUUUAACGGCUGUGAGUAUGGCGGCAUUAACGCUUUACGAUAUGUGUAAAUACGCGGCUCCGCCAACGUCGAUGAAAAUAACCGAUGUAGAAUUAGUGUCAAAAACCGGUGGUACAAAGGGUGACUUUUUUAGAGAUUAACCAUUCAGUUGUUUCCAGCAUCAACCAAUACAUCAACGUAUA